AUUACUACAAAGCAUUUUUUUCAAGACCUUAAUGAUGAAAAGAGUAAAGUAGCCCAGACUUUACAACGACAAAUACAAUUGUACUUCCAACAUCGUAUCAUUGCAACACCAGAAGGAGUGUCUGGCCUGAUUGAAUAUAUAAAGGGCACGCACAACAUGGCCUUGCAAUCGGUGGGUAUAGGAUCUCUAGAAAUAACAUUUCGGUGCCCCUCCUUGGAGAGCCUUGAAAGUUUGUGGAGUGACUAUCAGUCAGGUCACCUUAAUGACGUUGCCGAGAGAUACCUUGUGACUGAUGACAUAAAGAAGAAACUGAACUUGGAGAGUAUCGGGCUGGAGACAACUAUUGAAGAAGAAAACUACCUGAUUUGUAAGGAAAUUCUAAUGGAAAAAUCAUGUAAGCCUGAAAGCUCUUUAUAA